AUGGGUAUUACAGUUAGUAAAUAUUCUGAUAUAUCAACUAACGAAUUAGUGGCAAGAUUUUGUUCUAAUGAAAUCAUUUGCCCAAAUGAUCCUUUCUGGAACCAAUUAUUGGCAUUCAACAUACAGAUACCAACAAAUGCUGACGAACAACUCAUACUAGAUUCUAGUUCGGAAACUUUAUUGCAAAAUUUUCUGCAAAACAAUCAAGAAACUGGCAACCUUGGGUCAUUGGUGCAGGUGUUUAUUACCAGAGCCACGGAAUUGCUUGCCACACCUAAUAGUGACAACAUAAUGUUAGCAUGGCAGUGUUAUAAUGCACUAUUCCUCAUAAGGGCAGUGACCAAAUAUUUAGUUGAGUUGGUACCAGAGUAUGAAGUUUGCAGACACUUAGAUGUUCAAGUUAGACUUGUUAAUUCGCCAAACCCACCUGACCAGUCGCCCUCCUCUUUCUCCACUCAAGAAGGGGAAAUACCGAAACAAAAUGGGGAGAGUCGGGUGGAAAUGCUAAUGGAUGCUCUAAUUGGUCUGAUAAUAGAUGUACCUAUCACCGACAAUACAUAUUACUUACAUUUGGAAUGUCUGAAUACACUUCUCGUACUGAUGUCGGUGUACUUGUUUGCUGGAGUUCACGGACAGACACGUUUGGUUGAAACAUGUUUGAUAUAUAGAACGCUCUUCCAAGGCCGAUACAGUAUGCAUUCUCCGUUACUGAUAAAGACAUUAUUAAAUAACAUAUCGUCCAUGACGGCCGCCCCCCCACAAUUUGGGGGUCAAGGACCGGGCAGCCUAUUGAUUAAUAUUGCAUCCAGCCUCUGGAACAUUCUAACGUUAGCGCCGACGGCCAGACAGACGAUAUACACAGCACCACCAGCCAGCCGGCAGGAACUCGCUGAUCGGCUGAGAACAGAACACCCAGUGGCCAACCAGUCCUGUCUGCUGCUACUGGCGCUAUCCAACCACUGCAUACACGAGGACAACCUGUUCAGGAUAUCGCUGCUGCACUGUGAAGAUACCGCUGAUACAUCUGGGACCACUCCCCACAAAGAUACGAAUGAAAGCGUCACACAGAUCACACCGCCCAGGAUAGAUAUGGCAGCGCUACACAAAGCCCUGUGUGCCACAGCCGGGUGUGAACACUCGACCCUCUUACUGUAUUUGAUGUUGCAUUCUUGUAAAGCGUACAAACGACACGUCAGUAGCAGUCCUAAUAUAGAGAACUUGAUGGUGCCAAUAUUACAAGUGCUGUACAACGCGCCGGAGAACACAUCGCACCAUAUAUACAUGUCACUGAUAGUGCUCUUAAUACUGACCGAGGACGAUGCACUAAUAAAAAAUGUACACCAGAUUAUGCUAAAAAAUCUUCCAUGGUACACAGAGAGGUCUAUAUCGGAGAUUUCUUUAGGCGGUCUCACAGUAUUAGUGGUUGUUCGAGCAUUGCAAUACAACAUGGCGCGAGUGAGGGACAAGUAUCUGCAUACGAAUUGUUUGGCCGCAAUAGCUAAUAUGAGCUGUGAAUUCAGAAAUCUACAUCCAUAUGUGGCGCAAAGACUGGUGUCUUUAUUCGAAACUCUAACGAAAAGGAGGGCUCGGCUUUGUAGUGAAAUAGAAGGUGGAGAUAUAAACAGUAUAGAGCUGCCGCAUCAUGCUGAAGAGAAAACCGAGGAGAUUAUGGAACACAUAGCGGUGUUAGACGAAGUGUUGCGGAUGCUUCUAGAAAUAAUCAACUCGUGUCUCACACACCAGCUGUCGAACAAUCUGAACCUGAUAUACGCUCUUCUAUACAAGAAGCAGCUGUUCCAACAGCACGCACAUCAUCAUAUCGCCCAGAACAUAGAAAUGGUGAUAGGAUAUUUCUCGACGCGCCUCCAAAGGGUGCAAGAGGGCGUGGGCGGCGAUCUAGGCGUGACUGAGGUGUUGCAGUGCAUCAAGAAGGGCGCCGAACAGUGGUCCAGUGAUAGGCUCAAGAAAUUUCCCGAUCUAAAAUUCCGUUACGUAGAAGAAGAUCGACCGGAAGAAUUUUUCACUCCCUACGUGUGGGCUUUGAUAAGCUCUUGUGGGAACAUUUAUUGGGCGAGUGAAUGUGGCACAAGGGCAUCUAGCGAUCUCCUCGCC